GUUUUCAGUUAAUUUUCACCUAAACCGUAAAACUGAUUAAUUUAAAAUUUAGGAGAUGUACAGAUAUUUACGUGUGAAUUCCACAUAUCUAAUCAAAGGCUAGCCACUAGGAUUACAUAUUUCAAUAACAUGUUGACCUCCACUAGUAAAGCUCCUAUCAAUCAAUAACUUACAAUGCUAUCAUAUUAAAGCGAUAAGUUACAUUAAAACUCUUAUUGCUCCGAUCAUGACAAAAUAAGUAACUUUAGCUGCUGUAGUUAUAUUCUUUUAAAGCGCCCGUAUCGCGACAGAAUUCUUAUCCCGACAAAUGUUAGGCGUAACAAAAACACGAUUUUGGUUUCCAUACAUUGGAAGUUAUAUUGUAUAUGUAUACAUAAAUAUAUUUACAAUGUAUAUUCUUAACAACCCCAUAUUUAGGAGUAAAUAAAACAUAGCAACGUACAAAUUUUUAAGUUUUCUUAAUUUGUUUAUUUGCUAACAAAGAAUAAUAAAAGCAAAAUGUUUUGGGGUUUAAGUGAAGCACUCGAUUUAUUUAGCGAAUAUCUAAAUAUUUUCAAAUAUAAGGAUGAAAGCGACAGUCAAGAAGAUAAAGAAAAGUCCUCGGAAUGUCAACAUGGAAAUAGUAUUCCCCUUAAAGAAGAGAUAAACAUACUGCUUUUUGGGGCAAAUGAUCCACGACAUGUAAUUAAGACAAUGGCUAAAAUAUACACCCACAAGCUGCAAGAAGUGUCGACAACUUUAAAUUUCUACAUUAUAGAUGGCUGCAUCGAGGUAGUAGCUCGAAAUAUGGUCUUAAUAGGUAUAGCAUUAGAAAGCCCUGAAAUUUUAAAUCUUCGAACAAAAGUGCAUUUAUUUAUGGACAUAUACGGAAAUGCGUUAAUGCGCGCUUCAUCUUGUCAUUACCUAGAGGUUAAGACCAGGUCCUUGCUCAACGCAGUAACCGAUGAAGUUUAUUUACAUAAAAUGAUACCAAUGUUUAAUAUUGAUCAUAUGAAAUAUCGGGAACGUGAUGGUUUAGAAACGUCUUUCAGUUUUUGGCUAUCAAAACAACACCAUAUUUUUAAAAUCGAAGAAUACUGGAAUGGUCGACUAAAAAAACUAAUGGGAGAGCGAUAUGACUACAGAGAAGGACAAUUUGACUGGGAUCUUAAUAUGGUUUUAAAGGAACGAAAAGGAAAUCAAAUAUGUUCACAGGAAUACCGUUAUUGGCGAGAAACUGGAAUUGCUUUCACAUUUCCGGAAUAUGAAUACAGUAAAUCGAACAAAACAUUAUCGGCUGGGUUAAUUCGCAAUGGUAAUCAAUUUAUUCAUCGUGGUUAUAUUGGCGAUAUUCAAACCGGGCCUUUUGUAGCAUUUGGUUUAAGCACAAAUGAUGAACGAAUGAAUAAAUCCAUACAUGGAGAAAAUGACUAUCGAUCAACGGACAUUACCGAACGAAACCUGCUCGAGUUAUUUCAUGAGUUAGCAACGCAGACAAUAUACAAUCAUGAUGUUACUCAGUCGCGUAAAUAUGGCUCAAUACGACUUAAAAUGGCUAAUCGCUUGAUACAUAACGAGGCUGAUACAAAAAUUAUAAAGGAUUAUGAUAAACCUUGGAUAAAUAUUGAUCGAGUUAAGAUACAUUUUUUAUCGUCAGAUGAUAUUUUAGCACUACAAAAAAACGUAAACGGUCAAUGGUCAACGUUUUUCGACAUAGCCUUUGUAGGGCACAACUAUUUUACAUUUCUUCAAGAUAGCUUUGUUAAUGUUUUAAGUGCACAAUCUCUUUUAAUAAUGGAGACAAAAUUAUUAUCGACAUCACGAAAGGAGGUUAUAAAUGACUUCGAAGAGAAACUUUUUGAUUUCGCCAAACGAAACCAUUUUCAUGAUGUUAUUAAUUACAAAGCUUUAAAUAUGAAGAAUUCAUUUUUAAAAUUCAAACGUACUUUCAAUUUAUCUCAAUAAAUGAAUUUACUUAAAAAACAAAUUGAAAAUAUACCCUGUUUUUAUAAAA